AUGUGGGAGCCACUGACCGAGCUUCUUCACCAUUUCGAGAAAUCGCAGUCCAUUGCUCACGGUGAACAGCGAACAGCUAAGACUGUUAGCAAAAUACCGCACACCUUCAUAUGGAUGUUGCUCCGCCAGAUUCUUCAGUUCGUCGAACGAUAUUGCAGUCGGUCGACCAGAGCGAGGCUCAUCUUCGAGUUUCUUGUUUCCGGCUUUGAAGCGAUGGACGCACAGACCGCUCAGAAGGGGCUUCAGUGCCGAAUACUCGACUAUAGCUUCGAUGGGCUUCAGCAGCGGGGUGGCCAGAUUCGAACUCGUAAAUACGUACGUGUCGAAUAUGAGUGGAAUGUUCGGCCAUUAUAG